AGCAACCAUCGGAUGCCACAAACCAGGUUCAAUAAAAUGUGGUGCUCCAUAUAUUCCUCAUCAUGCUAUGGUGGAAGAUCUCCGUUUGAAUUACGACUUUGGUGACAGUGUGAAUGUGAGGUGUAAUACCAGUGAUGCUAUCUUCCCCCUUCAAUGUCAUAACAAAGGAUUGUGGAGCGGGCCGCUUGCGUCUUGUCCCGAACCCGAACCAAAGAGUGCUCCAUCAGUUGACUCUUGUACUGCCCCAGCAGUGCCAAUUGAUUCAACCAUUCAGAAUCUUCGUCUCUCAUACAAAGACGGUGACAGGAUGAACGUGACAUGUAACGAGGGCCCUGAGUGGUUCGGCGUGACAUGUGAGGAUGGAAUAUGGACAGGCCAAAACAUAGUGUGCCCUAAUCCUGCCAUAGAAUGCAAUCAACCAAUCAUCUCUGUCGACGCAUACAUUGGAAAUGUUAAGCCUCGCUACAAGAAUGGUGACCAAGUGAACAUCACAUGUAACGACGAUUCUGUUUCUUUAAUUUGGGAAUGUCAACGAGAUGGAUUGUGGCGUGGGCCUCCCUUCGAAUGCUCUCGUACUAAUCCAUCGCCUGAAGGACAACAACCUUCAUCCCCGGGGCGCCUUACAAGACUUAACACUGAGCAUGAUGGAAGGGAUUACUUUAUCACCGGCCUUCUGGUUACAGCUGUCAUCUUAUUCAUCCUUGUUCUGAUGUGUAUGGCUGUGUUUGUUAUCUUCAUGAGAAAUCGUGGAUACGAUUUGGUAACAUCAUCGAAAGACGCUCUUCAAGAUGGGAAUGGAUCCAGAGGACCUCUUCCAGACGUUCCUGAAGGAUAUGCUAACUACGUUGCUGGUGAACAGUCACUCUAUGUCGAACCAUAUCUCAAACAAAAUGGAGAUCACAUUCCAGCCUAUGAAGUCUACGAAAAACCAGUUUGA